UAACUAUACGGCCCUAAAUAGCUCGGCUAUCUCGUUUUAUCGAGUGUUAUAUCUCACUCGCACACUGCCCUCUCGCUCGAUACGCCACGCCAGUGUCAGUUUUGUCGUCGCUGCAAUACUACGUUUGUCGACCGGUGUUAUAAUAUUUUAUCAUUUUGUCUCAAGAUAGUACUAGAUUUUUUAAUAAUAAUCCAAUGAAGGAAGAGAUUGAGGAACCCGUUGUUAAGUCAGAACGGUAUUCCUUAAUGGAAGACGAAGACUGGAUGACCAGAGGCGGUAGUAUCUGGAACCACACAGCGGAGCGGGCAGCAACUAGAGUCAAAUGUCGCGCCACGACCUGCCAGCUAGUGCAGCUGGUGAAGUUCAUGGAGAAACACCCUCAACUAGCAGUAUCCCACGCUAAACCCUUCCCGGGCAGCGAUGAGUUGUGGAUGGAGUUAGCGGCACAAAUCAACCAGUUUGGGCCGCCGAAGAAUUACAAGCAGUGCAAGACGGUAAGUAAAGUUGUUUCAUAA